AUGACUUCCGACGACAAUUCAGAUCUCGAAAACUUGAAGAGAGAAUUACAGUCGUCGUUAAAUGCAUUGAAGCAACAGGAACAGACAUUAGCAUUCAUUGAUUCAAAUGAAGCAGAAAAGCAAGAAAUCGAAAAUCAAUUUCAUUCUGAGCUUGAAACAGCUCUUUCUUCAUUAGAAAACAUUCCUGCCUUAUUUAAUCAAGCAACCAAUCAAAUUAAUAAUAUUUAUCAAAUUGCUCAAACGCUUUCAUUUCAAAUUAACUUAGUAGACCAAGCAUUUUCAAGAUGCAGUGCUGCUGCUGAAUACGUUAAGAUAUUUGCAGAUCUCAAAGAAUGCUUAGGUUCAAUAGAAUCAGCUUUAAGUCAAAAUAAUGUUUCUCUUUGCUGCAAUUACAUUUCAAGACUCGUUAAAAUACCAUCAAAUCUAUUAGAGAACGAUGACAUCCAAAAAAUCGAUAAUUACAAGAAACAAACUCUCGAUUUAUUACGAAAUUCACUUAAAAACGAUUCAGAUCCUCAACAGAUCUUCAAAUAUUUCCAAGAUUGUGACGCAUCAUUGGAGGGUAUAGAAAGCCUCAGUUAUUACCAAUUCAGAAAAAUUUUGGAAAAAAUACAACCGGAUUACAUGAAAAUUGUUCAACUUCCGAAAUCAAGUACACAAACAGGUAACCAACACAUUGAUGUUUUUGUAUCAUAUUUAGAUUCAAUUUCAACAUCGAUAAAAGAAGUUACUCCAAUAAUUCAAGAUUACGGCCAAAUAGCAGUAUUUAUUCGAAUGAUACUAAAACAAAGCGAUGACAGAGCGAAAAAGAUUCUAGAAUCUUAUUCUGAUUAUCGUUCUGUUUCUGACCUUUGUAAUGAAAAAAUAACAGGUGAUGCACAAUCACUAAACCAAGUAUGUGAUGAAAUUUCAGUUUUGUCCCAACAAUACUUCCUUUUCCAGAAAUUUUUGAAACAUUUAAUAAAACCAGGCUUAAACGAUCAAUUUUUCAAAGAUUACUGCAAAUCAAUUGCUCCAGGUGAAUUAACAGAGUCACAGACAGGUCUUCCAAUGAAAUUAGAUGCUAAAAACACAAUUAUGGAAUUAUUAUCAAAUUAUUUCAUUUUAACUCGAAAAUUCUUCAUCGAUGUCAUCGAAAACAAGCUGAUUGCCUCACUUUCGGAGCUCAAAGAUAACAAUAAAGUUACAGAAACUGUAGGAGAUAUCUUUUUCUUUUUCUUGGACAUUUUGGCAAGAACUAUCAAGACAAACUCCGCAAAUAUCACAGUUACUAUCUUAAAUAUCAUUACAGAGCAUAUAGAACAAGUUUGUGAUAAAAUACCAAAAUUAGAUUUAAUUUUAAAGAUAAACUUUAUAGAUAUUACUGUUGCCCACCUCACAAAGCUCACAGAAAUGGUCGAAGGAGCUUUCAAACAUUUUACAGGAGAUGAUCUUUCAGUUUUAAGCAGUACUUUGAAUGUUCUUCGAAGAAAAUCAGAACAACUCAAUGCAGAACAAGAAAGAAACUUCAAUGAGUUCAUGGCGAAGCUUUCUGAUAACGUUAGAGACUUAUUAUACAAAUUCAGAGGAAAUUGGACAAACGAAACAGUUGCAGAGAUCACAAUUACACUUGAAACAGAACUUGAAUCAUCUUUCUCAGAAAAAUUCGAUACAAAUAUUCUUAUUUAUAAGAAAUCUUUGAAUCGUUCAGCAUAUAACAAAUUAAUUGCAAAAAUUUCAGAUCAAGUAGCAAUUAAUUUCUUAGAAAUCAUCAAAACAAAGGAAUUCGAUCAUCGUGGAUCGAUUUUAUUGGAUAGAAUUGUUAGAUUUUUGGCAAGUGAGCUAAAGGAGUCAAGCUUCGAACGCUUAAAGCAGAUUGCUCUUAUCCUUACAAGAGAAUCACCAGAAGAAGUAGUAAGCACAUGGAAUAAUGCAGAUUUUGAACGAAAAUUGAAGAAAGAAGAAGUAAUCAAAUUCGCUCAAAGUAAGAUGGAGUGGAAAGAUGAAAAGUUUGCUGAUUUGUCUUAA